AUGAGAUUAACCAAAGGUCUGAAACCCAUCGACCGGUCCCAAGACCUCCAACCCGGCCAGAGCUUCAUCGUGCACUACAACAACACCAGUCUCCGGAAUCGCAAGGACCUCUGGCUAGGCAUCAUCAUCCCUGAAUCCCUGACGACUCCCACGCUGCUGUCCAGACGACACCGGAACGCCAAGCCGCUGAAAGGUGACUGGACCGUGCCUGUUGAGAAGCACAUCCUCGCCAAUUCGACGCGCGAUGACUGCAAGCUGUUUCUGGACCUGCACAAGCUGGCCAGACGCCAUCGAGAGGCCGAUUUCUGGUUCCGGAUGGCGGAGGAGGAGCGCAGAAUCAAAGGCCCGCUGGGGAGAAAGCCCUAUUUGGUUUUACCUCCGCCGAAGACAGCAUCUCCAGACAAUGGUAGUAGUGGUAGCAGCAGUAGCAGCAGCAAUGGUGACCGCCAAUCAAAAGGUCCCUCAGGAUCCGUGUCUGGCGAGAACCGACCAAGCCAUCUUCCAACUGACCCGCAAGAUAGCAUCCAAGAGCCCCGUACUCCUCCUCCACCUGCGAGAAGGGGACCCGUCAGCCCCAAACUCAUCGUCGUCAACGAGGCCAUCAAAACAGGAGAAGACGACAGCGUCCUGGGUGACCAAUUCCGCUUUGGGCAGAAGUACGACCUCGAGCAGAUCGGCUCUGUCGCCGAGCUACACGAGCAGAUCCUCCGGCUGGGCCGGAUCUACAUCUCCGCGAAAGUCUUCGAGCUGACGACGAUGCAGGUCCUGACGCUGUGGAAGCUGCAAGCGGCGUGGAAUUCGUACUCGGGUGUCCCCCAGCUCAUCGUCUUCCUGCAGACGGUGCAGUUCGUCUUCGAGAAGACGAAGCGCUGUCCCGAUUCCCUCGUCCAGGGGACCUCCACGGAGCCGAUGCAGAGGUGGGCGGCCGGCUUCCUGGCGGACUUGAUGGACGUGUUCUUUCGCGCGUAUCCGGAGCAGUUCUGGACGGUCCUGAGGGAGAAUCCCACGUUGCAGGCUGCGGUGUUUGAGCGCAGGGCGGCAAAUCUGGCCAAGAAUCCGGAGAAAUACGUCGACUUGGACAAGCAGGUUCAGAGAGCAGGGGAGGUUUCCAGCGUCGCAGUCCGAUUGAGAGUCCCGCGUUUUUUUUUUGCCUUUUCGUUCACGGAUGCAUACAUGGAAACGUUACGGACAAGUGUGGUGAUUGAUUCUUAUACUUAA